AUGUCCAGCCAGCCAGCGUCGUCGUCUUCCAAACCAGACCUGCCGCCUCCGGUGGUGUCUCUGGCCUUCAGCAACGCGUACCUGCCCACAAACUACGAUCUCUCGCUGGAUAUCAGCUCCAAGGCCAACUAUAUGGGCUUGGUGGUGAUGGAUCUGGCUCCCAACGAGAGGGCCUCGUUUUCUGGCUCUGAUCCGUUCCAGCUGGUGCUCAAUGCUGUUGAGCUCGUUGUUACCGAUGCGUACUUGUUGGCCGGCUCUCAACACAAGCUUAAGGUGGAGCAGAACAGGAAAAAAGAGACGGUCAGGUUCUCGACAGACAUCACUUUUGACAGCCUCCAGAACGAGCAAUUGCGGCUCCGUGUGCACUUCAUCGGCGUUGUGCGCGGCAUUGCGUCCAUGAGAGACUUCACCAAGGGCGUUUUCAAGACCAAGUACAAGGACGGCGCAAACGACCGGUACAUUAUCUCGACACACUGCCAGCCGUCGUUUGCCCGGCUGAUCUUCCCCUGUGUGGACGACGUGCUGGUAAAGACGAGUUUCAAGCUGUCGCUGACGGCGGACGAGAAGUUCACGUGCGUCUCGAACACGCCGAUUGAGUCGGCAAGCGCGAUAGGCCAAGGCCGCCAGCUCGUGGUAUUCGAGGCCUCGCCGAAAAUGACCACCUCUGUGUUCUCCUUUGCUGUCGGCGAGUUCGACUUUCUCGAGGAAAAAAUCGACCUUCCCGGGCAGGAAAACUUCCCGCUGCGCGUGUACACGCAGAUCGGCGAGUCUGGCCGCGCGAAGCUGGCGCUCGCGACCGUCAAGUCGACGCUGCCGAAACUCGUGCAAAAAUUCGGUGUUGAGUACCCAAUUGCGAAAUUCGACGUUAUCGCAUUGCCAUUUCUGAGCGACGGCGGAGUCGAGAACUGGUCGAUGAUACAGAUCCUCAAGGACCAUCUGCUAACUCCGGACUCGGCGUCGCCCGCAGAAAUGCUGAAAAUCACCUCCAUGAUCAAAAACGUCCUGGUUCACGAGAUGGUGCACAUGUUCAUGGGCGACCUGGUGACGUUUGAAAGCUACGACUACACGUGGCUCAACGAGGCGUUUGCGACGUUCAUGUCCAACACGGUUCUGAACGAGGAAAGCGACGACAACCAGGUCUGGUUCGACCAACUCGCCAACGACGCGUUCAACAUGAAAAGAUACCAGGGACUCGACAACAUGAAACCGAUCCAUACGGAGAACGUCCCUGCCGACACUAUUCAGAGCACUUUCAGCAAACACUCGUACGACAAGGGCAUUUUUGUGCUGCGGAUGCUCGCGGGACUGUUUAAUGAGACGCCCGGUGAGAAUUACGACAGCUUCUUUAGUGCGGUCGGCGACUUUAUCAACAAGAACAAGUACGGCCUGUUCAAGCCGGCCGAUCUGUGGAUUUUUCUGAAGGAGCACCCCCUGAACAAGUUCAAGCACGAUAUCCCCACCAUCAUGUUCUCGUGGACCAGAACGGCUGGCUAUCCGAUCUUAAAGGUGAGCACACGCGGUGAAAAGCUGCUGGUGGAACAGCAUAGGUUCCUGUACAACCCGGAGUCAAAGGUCGAGGACGUUCCGUACCAGGUGCCGCUGUUGGUCAAAAAUUCAGACGGAACGUAUGCUAGGUACAUGUUGUCGGAUAGAAGACUGGAGAUUGACGACUGUUUGCUGGUGAACGCCAACAACAACGCUAUUGCGACGAUAAAGUAUUCCCUGCCGCAGUAUGAGGUCAUUGCUUCGAAUUUCGAAAAACUGAACAAUAUCGAACAGUGUCAGGUUGUUCUUGAUCUGUCGACAGUUUUCAGCGAAAAGUACCAGGACGGCGACGACAUUCUGGGCUUUGUGGUGUUGAUGAAUAAAAUUGUGAAAGAACCGAAGAUAGUCAAUGCCACGGCGUUCAACGCAGCACUGUCGCUGUUCAACACCCUCACCAAAUCUAUCCUGUCAGUGAGCUACUUUGACGACCAGAAGACUUACAAAACCGUUGCAACGUGGGAAAACACGGUCAUCAGCAGUCUUUUGGACUCGUUUGAGUGGGAGGGGCUCGAUUUCAGACAAUUGCCGGCCACAGAGCUGUCUGUGCGUGCCACCCUCCUGAAGCUGGACUAUUCGAACGCGCGGUCGCAGACGAUCGCGAAAAAACUGUACAAACAGCUGCUGCACGGGCCAAAGGGCGCCGUCCCGGUCAAGCUUGUGGCUGCGGUGCUGAACAACGUCCAGGCCGGCGGCUCCGCCAAAGAGUACAAGGAGAUCCUUGGUAUCGUGAAGAAUCCAGACUCGGUCAGCGACCACGUCUACGAAGAGCACAGCACGGCCGACGUGCGCACGGCAGCGUUGACGUCGCUGGGCUACGUGACCAAGAGCGAUUUGCAGCAGAAAACGCUCAACUAUGUGCUGAACAACAUGGACACGCCGUCGGUGGAGCUGGCUCUGGUGGGUCUGAAACACCAGCCCGAGGCGUUUGCGACGAUCUGGGCGUGGUUCAGCAUGCACUACAACGGCUUCUACGCCAAAUUUAUGAAGGAUAGCAAGAAUCAGAGCUUUAUUAGGUCGUUCCGCGGUAUUGUGCAGCUGGUGUUUGAGAGCUGUCUGUGCAGCAAGGAGCUGGCGGCCAAGCUGGAGAGUUUCCUCAAAGCGAAGAAGUUCGAGCCGCUCAACGGCGAGUUCCAGCGUGUUCGUGCGGCGUUUGGCGACAGACUCAAGCUCAACGAGGCGAACAGCCAGCUCUCGCGGGUGAUUGCUGCUUGA